AUACAACUCCCAUUUAAAGUAAAUUCCAUUAAUGUCGACCACCAAAAGAAUCGCUUUGCCAGCUAGAGUCGAGCCAAAGGUUUUCUUUGCUAACGAAAGAACCUUUUUAUCAUGGUUGAACUUCACUGUGAUCUUGGGGUCUUUGGGUGUGGGCUUGUUAAAUUUCGGAGACUCUGUUGGUAGAAUUAGUGCUGGUUUAUUCACUUUUAUUGCCAUGUUGACCAUGGUGUAUGCUUUGGUGACGUAUCACUGGAGAGCAAAGGCCAUCAGAAUGAGAGGAUCGGGUCCUUACGAUGACCGGUUCGGUCCUACGAUGUUAUGUUUGUUCUUGUUAGUGGCCGUUGUCGUCAACUUCAUAUUGAGAAUUCGUGCUUAAUAGUUAAUAAAUGCAUUAGAGAGGAGAUGGAAACCAGGGAAAGUUGAAGAGAAGCCAGAUGGAAUCCGGGGAUAGUUGAAGAGAAACCAGAUGCUAGUUUCGUUAGAAAAAUUUUCAGUAUGCUGUGCUUGGGUAUGGUUCAGCCUCCGCUUUUUACCUACCCGGCGAGUCUGGCAGCUGGCUAAUGAUUUCCCUAGCCAUCUUGGCCUUCUUAAAUAUAGUGGAGGUAACUAGUUGCCGUCUUUCAUGCCCCUAAGUUGUCUCUAAUAUAUGUCCGUAUUCAAUAUCUAUAUUGCUAACGG